UUUAAGUUCACAACUCAAUCUACAUACUUACACUUCUUCACUCGGUUUUUGAACACUUUUGUACUAAGCCGCACCUACAAGUCCUCUAAAAUUUCACAGUGAAUUGAGUUCGUGAAUCAAAAGCCAAUCCCAAAAUAACCAACUGUGAGCCAUGGGGAAGAGAUCGCAGCGGAGCAGCGUGCUCAUGGUCUGCGUGGGCAACCUUUGCCGCUCCCCAAUCGCCGAGGCUGUGAUGCGUGACGUGGUGGCGAGGGCGGGCCUGCAGGGGGAGUGGCACGUGGAGAGCGCCGGGAUCGAGGGAUGGCACUGCGGCUGCAGGCCGGAUGAGCGGGCUCUGAAAGUCCUGGCCAGAAACAACAUCAAGUACUGUGGCCAUGCCAGAGUCCUGACCCCAGAGGAUUUCCUCGAGUUCGACUACAUCUUCGGCAUGGAUCGCAGUAACUUGGCCGCCUUGAAGCAAAUGGCUCCCGAUUUUGCCACAGCCAAGGUUCUCCUGCUGGGGGACUUUGGACUAAAGCCGGACGAGCGCAUCAUUGAAGAUCCCUAUUAUGAUAUUGGCGAAGCAUCCUUCGAGAAAAUUUACCAGCAAUGCAAUACUGCUUGCCAGAAUUUCCUGAGGCAGGCGCGCCUUAAGCAGAUUAUGUAAAGCAAGCCCUGUGACCGCUCGAGGGUUAAGCCUUCCGGCAUGCAACAGCUGAU